GGUUGACAUUUAGAAGGUAGGUUAGAUUACAUGGAGUUAAUUAGGUAGUACUUAAGCCAUUUAGUUGCAUGUUUUUGCACCUUUUCCAGUUUGUUGAUGUGCUGCUUAAGAUAUGGUACAAUCGUGUUUAUGGAGAAUUUUAGGUUCGACUCCUGGGCAGGACAGAAAUGAUUGGCCGCAUUUCUUAUCACCUAAUGGGUCUGUUCACCUAGUAGUAAGAUCAUGGAGGUUGGGGAGGUGACAAGCGGUGACCUUGGCCCGGGUACGGUAGUUGUUGGGAGUGAUGGGGAGCUGCAGUAUGAUCUCACUCAACAGUCUGGCUCGUUCUUGACCAACACUCACAUUGUGCCCCAUGGAGCAAUAACAGAUGGAAGUGGGACAAUGUUAAGUUUACCUAUUCAAUUAGUGCAACUACAUGACCCUGGGGGCGACGUGGGCCGGACUGGUAACGUGUCUUCAGGGUUGUCAGGAUUCACCGGUCACAUUAUCAUUAAGAACAACCCUGAUGGCACUCGCACAUUUCUUCUUGAUCCAUCUGAAGUUGGGUUAUCGGUUAGUGGAGAUGAUGGGGGAGAAAGCCGUUUGAUACCGCUGCAGGACAUGUCUGAGGAAACAGUUGGGCCGUCUUUGAACGAUCUUCAAGAAAGAAAUGGGUUCUUACAACUAGAUGAAGGCAUGGUAACAAUGAACCAUGUAGGAAGUGAGAUUGGUCAGGGCGGAGUGAUCUUAGCCAGCACUGGGGACUACCUUUCACAUAAAGAUGGAACCAUCCCACAGUUUGCAUCUCUUAACAUUGUUGAUGGCCAGAUGGUGUUAACAGCAACUGAAGCUGGUGUUGAUGAUACAGUAACUCUUGAGGGGGGCAACUUAAUUAACUCAGCGAUGCAUUCUCCAGAAUCAAUAUUACCAAUACCAGGGCCCAUCUCCAUAAAGAUAGAGCCGGACGUGGACCCUCCUGUAGGUAGAGGACCGUUCAUGUGUGCGUGUUGCAAUAUGGCCAUAGAAAAGUGGCAACAGUAUAAAAAACAUUUGAAGAAGCAUUUAGACGACAAACCGUACCAGUGUUGCGAGUGUGAGGCUUCUUUCAAUGUACAGAAAAAUCUCCGUCUUCACGAGGCUCUACAUGUUUCUGAGAAACUAAUAUGUCCGGAAUGCUGCAAAACUUUCAGACGGUUGGCUUCCUUUAAGGCCCAUCUUGUUGUUCACGAGGAAGAUGAAUCGGUUACGUGUGAAAUAUGCCAAGAAGAGUUUGUUUCUGUGAGUCAGCUUGAGCCACACUACCAGCACCACAAAGAAGGUCUGAACCAAGCUAUGCAGAAGAGGCCACAUUUAGAAUGUCGAAUGUGUGGAGCAGAAUUUGAUAAUCAUGCGAUGCUGAGCCAACACACAAAAAAUCAUAAAAAGGUAAAGAAAAUGACUGCUCCAAAACCUAAAAAACGUAUUGAUCGAUCUAAAUUUGAGAAUAAAUGCCACGAGUGUGGUAAAAAUUUCAUCAAACCCUCACAACUGAAAAGGCAUGUAUUGAUCCACACAGGUGAAAGACCCUUUAAGUGCACCUUUCCUGGGUGUGAUCGAGCCUUUAACCAGAAAUACACAAUGCUCAUUCAUAUGGAUAUUCACACCGGACGGAAGGACUACAAGUGUGAAUUCUGCAACAAAGACUUUGUGCAAAAAAGUAAUUUACGUUGUCACAUUAAACGUGUUCAUCCUGUCAACAAAGUCGGGCAGCAGUUGUUUGAAUGUGAAGAAUGCUCUUGUGUGUUCAAGCGCGCUGGAAGUCUUAAUGCACACAUAGCACGGGCACACACUAAUGAGGCAGUAAUUAGAAUGGACGUAUCUGCAGAUACCCGUGAUGUAUUCAAGGAUGUUCGAGAUGUGAUGAAGGACAUUCAGGACUCUGAAAAAGUUUGUCAACGAGAUCAGAAGGAACCAUUAUCAUGUAAACCAACUGUGAAAUAUAAACAAGAUCAUCCAAAACAACAAGACACUCUGUCAUAUGUUAAGAACAUUGUGACUGGUGUAAGUGAAUCGGCAAGUACUCAGGCUCCAGAAAGUUCAAGCGAUGGGGACAUCUUGCAACAAGCUUUAAAGAAUAUUGGACUUUCUCAACCAAGGGAUCCGCUACAAUUGAACAGAGAUGGUAUUAAACUGAAGAUUGAAGCUGAAGAUGGAGGGCAGCUGGAUGACAGUUGGCCACUAGAAGGAGAGAUUGAUGCUUCUCGAUUCACUGAAUGUAAGAAAGUGCGAAUCAUGACGCUCAUCGACCGUAAUUAUGAAACUGGAAUGAAGAGGUACACAGUCUUGGUGAAGCUGGUUGGAGAUGUGAAGUGGCAUGUAUGUAUGCAUAAAGAUUGCACAAAGGAGUUCAAGAAACCUUCUGAUCUUGUUCGACACAUGAGAACGCAUACAAAUGAUAAACCAUUCAAGUGCUGUAAGUGCUACCGAGCAUUUGCAGUGAAGUCUACACUGGUGGCCCACAUGAAGACCCAUCUUGCUGUGAAGGAACACACCUGUAAGCAGUGCAACAAGAAGUUUGCCACCACCACUUCUCUUAGAGUCCAUUCUUGGGUACACACUGGUCAGAAGCCUUACCAGUGCUCCGAGUGCAACAAAGUUUUCCGCACAAUAUCGCACCGCAAAGCACACAUGUUGGCCCACUUUCAUGCUUCUCAUCGGCAAGCUCUACGCAAAAAAUCCAUACCUCUGCCAGACAUUCCUCUUCAAGAGCCAAUACUUAUUACUACUGAAGGACCAGUUAAACAACUGUCUCGACACAGCCAGAUUUAUCCAAGCGAGUCAGGAGAAGCACCGCCUGAUAGACCACACAAGUGUCGCUACUGCCUGGCAGCUUUUAAAAAGUCCUCCCAUCUGAAGCAGCAUGAGAGAACACAUACCGGAGAGAGGCCAUUCAAGUGUGAGAACUGUAAUAAGUAUUUUAACUCGCUAAGUGUCCUCAAGUCACAUUUCAAAACACAUACUGGACAAAGAAGUCACAGGUGUCCUAUAUGCAAUGGCCUCUUUGCUACUAGUGGUAGCUUGAGAAGACAUCGAACAACCCACUCGUCGGAUCGUCCGUAUAUGUGUCCUUAUUGCCAAAAAACCUUUAAAACCAAUACUAAUUGUAAAAAGCACAUGAAGACCCAUAAACACGAGCUGGCCAUGGAAGCAGUUAGGGCCGCUGGAUCUAAUUUACAGGGGGACAACCAACAAGCACUUCUUACGACCAGUCUCUACAGUCAGCAGAGUGCUGCUACAAAUUUAACCGAUGCAGAGGUCAUAGUUCCUGAUCUUACCGGCAUGGCAAGUGUGUUCCAUGAGGGCGAUUUCUCUCUACCAAGUGAGCUUCAGCAACAGUCACAGCAGCAGCUGCAGCAAGAUCAUCAGGUCCUUCCAGCAGCAUUUACACAAAGUGUUGGUGAGAGUGGUCUGACUCUAGCUGACCUUCAAACAAGGGUUGAGCAUAGCUUAGCAUCUGGAGAAACUGUCAUCUUAGGCUCCCAGCCUGCUACCAUCACCACACACCUGAAUGGCUCAUCAAUACUUCUUCCUCACUCUUCAGGAGGGCAAGGUUCAACUGGAUCCUCUAUUCUUCUUCCCCAUUCAUCUUCCAGUAUUGUUACCAGUGCUUCCUCUGUAUUUCAUGGAACUAGUAGCACUUCUGUUCUACAAGGUACCAGUGGCUCAUCCAUCCUGCUCCAAAGCUCAUCUGGUAAGGGAUCUGGUUCAUCUGUAUCCAGUCAGUUAUCUCAGGAUGAUCGAGGAACUGCUAUUCUAACUAUCCCACAUUCUUCAGGUAGUAAUGUAAUGACUGUCCACCAACCAUCUGUGAUACAGGGACCUGCUCGGGAUGAGUCUGUCAGUGUUACCUCAGUCAUACAGUCUCAACCCAGCAUCAUAAACCAGUCUGGUGGAACUCGUUAUUCUACCUCUAUUGCAUCACGUCAGUCAUUAUUGGACCAUGCUCAAGAUUUCAGUUCCAUGGGUGAUACAGGAGGAAUGGAAAUGGUAAAUUUGCCAUCCUCAAUGAUUGGUGAAAACUCACAAAAUGAAUAUGGCUCUGCAGUUCUGCAAACCAAUCUCCAGCUUGAAGGCAGCAGAGGAGCUGUUAUUAAUCCAUCAGAUCAAGUGAACACUGAAGACACUAAUCUGGCAGGAAAAUCAGUGGGAGCAUCGACUGGUGGCCUUGGAAGUGGGCUGGUGGAGAGUGAUGAUGAGGGUCGUAUUGUUGCUAGUCACACUACCUCGGGUACUUGUACUAGUGAUGCAACUAAUGAAGCUGCCCCUACUACACUCCUUGAGGCCAGUUUUGACCAUCAAGGCUUCUCUGAUGGUUUUACUCUUCAUGUACCUCCUGGCAUAGACUUGUCCAGCUUAGGACAUGGUGGGGAAAUACCUUCAUCUCAAUUGGUCCAACUACUUAACACACAAGAGUCCAUUACAGAAGUUUCAACUAUAAAAGUUACAACUGGUACUUCAACUGUUGCAGCCACUCCGUCACGCAUUCAAGAACCUCCACCCCCCGAACCUGUUAUCUCUCUCUCUAAAGUGUACGAGUGUACUGAUUGCAAGAAGACAUUUCGUAAGCUGCCUCACUUACGGUCUCACCGAAGAAUCCACAAUCAGAGUAAAACACACUGUUCAAUAUGCAACAAAACUUGCUCAUCAUCUCAUGAAUUUAAGGAGCAUCAACGAGAACAUGCACAAACAUCGAAUACUCACCAGUGUAAUAACUGUUCUGAGAGGUUCCCAAAUUUCAAUCAGCUCCUGAAGCACAUGCAAAUUGAACAUUCCAGUGUAUGGCGGUGUCCUGUGUGUGGACAUGUUUUUGAGUCUUCAACCAGAUUCCAAAAGCAUUUACGUUCCCAUAACAUAAAUGCUAUCAAUGAAGCCAUUACCAGAACUAAGCGUGAAGACAUAAGUGUAGAUGGGAAGGUUAAGGUAACCCUGAGUGCAGAAGAAAUGGAUGCUAUUCUUCAACAGACAACAGGAUCUCAGAUUAAUAUGGAGGAAAUCAAUAUAAAAGAAGAUAUAAUAGACGAUGUUCCCACGGCUAAGCAACACGACUCGCCUCAGGAUGAUGUUAGUCUCCAAGUUACUUUUGUAAAGGCCAGUGAUGGAGAAGAGAAUGAUUCACAGAAGCAUGCUCAUCCAUGCAAGACUUGUGGUAAAAGUUUCAAGAAACCAUCAGAUUUAGUACGUCACAUUAGAACUCAUACAGGGGAGCGGCCAUUCUCUUGUGUUUUGUGUAGAAAAUCUUUUGCUGUUAAGUCUACAUUGGAUGUACAUAUGAAAACUCAUUCUGGGAAAAAGGACUUUAUGUGCCACAUUUGCAAUACCAUGUUUGCAACUAAAGGUAGCCUGAGCAUACAUAUGAGGCUUCACACUGGUGAUAAACCUUUUAAUUGUAAUCAGUGUGGAAUGAAGUUCAGAACAUCUGGUCAUCGUAAGGCUCAUGUUGUUAAGCACUUUAAAACAACUCAGCCUCUAUCAAGCAAGAACUCAAGAUUUGUAACUACUGAUGAGGACCCAUUAGAAACUGGAAACAAUGCAGAUGAGGCUGUAAUGGAAAUGUCAAAUGAGGAAAGCCUUAAUUCUGUGGUAAUGAUGACUGAAGGGACAGUGUCAUUACAGUUACAAGGACUUAAUCUCGGCACCAUUGAUCCUUCAUCAUUACUUAAUAUUCAACCUAUGACAUUGGAUGAAAGUGUAUUAAGUCAGUUACAAGCUUCUGGUGUUACCAUGAUGGGUGCUGGUGAAGGAACUGUUGAUGAGGAUGCUGAAGACUCCAUCUCGGUGAAUCCCAAUGUGGUAAUGACACAACCUCGAAGUGUCCGUACACCAAACACAGACACUGUAGAUGAUGAUGAUUUUGAAAUUCAUAUGAUUGAUAGUGAUGGAAGAGUCAUUACAACACAUUCACUGAACAUGUUGGGUCAACAUUUAGAUAGAGAUCCAGCAGCAACCCCUGAUACAGCUUCUUUCAUUCCACCAGAGCUCCAUCUUUCAGAUCUUGCCAUCCCAGGACCAAACAACACUAUACAGUGUGCUUUAUGCUCAAAAGCAUUUGAUAAAUUAUCUGAUUGGCAAGAGCAUCUUAUAUCUCAUAAUAUUUUUAUAAAAGUAGGAGAGGACGGGGAAAAUGUUGAGAACGAAACCCAUGACUCUGUUGUUAUUCCUGCAGCUUCACUUGGAGAGGUGCCUGAUAAUAAUGCUUUUCAAACUGCAGAUAAUGAGAAAAAUCACUCUGGCCUAAGUAUUGGAGAAAUAACUCUUUCUAAAUUAGAACAAACUCAGUCCAAUCGCAGCUUUAAGUGUAACAUACCUGAAUGCGGUAAAACGAUUAAGCAUGAAACCAGUCUUGAACAACAUACAGCUAGUACUCACGUUAAACAUCAUGUAUGUGCCAAGUGUGGUGGAGAAACCUUUCAAUCAGCAGCAGCUCUUCAGAAACAUAUAAAAAUGCAUCACUCUGAUGGAAAAGGAAUCAGAUGUGUGUUUUGUGUAGAGGAGUUCAGUGUACGUCCUGCAUUACACCAACACAUUAUUCAGGAGCAUUUGCAACUUGCUUUAGAGAAUCCCUUAGCUAUUGAGAAAGUGGGGCUCAAAAUUAACCUGACUUCAGAAUCACAGAGAGAGGGGACUGGGGCACAUGGUACAAUGGAAGACCUCGAUCCCUUGGAGUUCUUUCCAUCUGUAAAUAAUGGAGCUCAUCUUGAAUAACAUUAAACAUAAAUUUAGGUCUUAGUAGUUUCUCAUUUAAAAAAUUAUACUGUUAUAAUUUAUACUUAUGAAUUUCUUCAGAUCUAGUUAAUCAAAAUGUUAUAUUAAUACACUUAAAAUUAACAAUAAAAAUCCAGUACAGCGGGGGAUGCCUCGACUUAAGAUUUUAAUCUUUUCCCAGUGAUGGAUCGUAAGUCAAAACAAAUUUUCCCAUAAGAAAUAAUGGGAAUUGAAUUAAUCCGUUAUACACCCCCAAAAAUAUUAACUUAAAAAUACAUUUUAUACUGAAUACAAUUUUUUUCUCUAACUACAAUACAGUAC